CUGGGCAAUACAUAAUUCACAGUGAUUAUUUUAAUUCCAAACUCAAAGGAAGCAUAUUCUCUAAUGACAAUGAUAGUUGAAUAUUUAAUUAUCGUAGCUGUUUUGCUAAUUCAUUCAACCGAAUGCAAAACAAUAUCAGGUGAAGAAGAAAGCAUAACAGCAGUGUCUGCUGAUUUUCAAGAGUGCACUUUAAAUGCGGAAUGUCAAGUAUCUGAAAGUUGUAUUAACAAACACUGUAAAAAUACAUGUUCUUUAGAUGUUUGUGGCUAUAAAGCGGAAUGUUCUGUAAAUAAUCAUCAUCCAGUUUGUAAAUGUGGAGACGGCUACAUAGGAGAUCCAUUUAGAGAAUGCAUUAGAAAAGAUGGCGUAAAUGAUCCUGAAAAGAUGAAUCUUGGAACUGCACCACCAUGUGGAUUCUUUAGUUUCCAGAGAAAUGACUCCGAUGGUCCAUCUUGUUCAUGUCUUUCUGGAUUUUCUGGAACUCCCCCAAAUUGCACACCCGAAUGUAGAGUUAAUACUGAUUGUACAACGGAUAAAGUUUGUUUCUCAUUCAAAUGCACAAAUAUUUGUAAUGAUGUUUGCAGUUUUAAUUCAGAUUGUAAAAUAGUAAAUCAUGCAAUAAUUUGUAAUUGUAAAGAAGGAUUUGUGGGUGAUCCAUAUAGUUUGGGCUGUAAGCAAAGUCAAGUUGAAGAUAAUAUGUAAAAGUUUACUUGACAAUAAUUUUUGAAAAAAGAAUAAAUAAUUCUAUAAAGCAUAUUGCUAUAUAAACUUUAAAAGAAUCAACAAUUAUUUCCUUCCUCAAAAUGCAUUAAAGGGCUGUUCACUUAUUACGUAACGCGAAAAAAUGACUUUUUAGACCCCCCCCCCCUCGUAACAAAAUUUGUAUGAAAAAAAAAUUUCCUUGUUUGAACCGUAACAAAAUCUUAGACCCCCCUCCCCCCCUAAAAGCGUUACGUAAUAAGUGAAUGGCCCCUAAGUG